CUGGGACUCAGCAGGGCCUGAAGGGCAGUGGGCUUGGGGGAGGGGGCUGGAAUUCAGUGAGCUGUGUGACCGGCUCCGGGCUGGGGUCCGGCGUGGACUGGUGGUGGGGAUCCUGGUGGUCGUGGGUCUGGUGCAGUGGCCGAGGGGUUUUCUCAAACAGUGAUGAAGGCCUUAUUAACAAAAAGUUGCCCAAAGAACUUCUCUUAAGAAUAUUUUCCUUCUUGGACAUAGUAACUUUGUGUCGAUGUGCACAGAUUUCCAAGGCUUGGAACAUCUUAGCCCUCGAUGGAAGCAACUGGCAAAGAAUAGAUCUUUUUAACUUUCAAACAGAUGUUGAGGGUCGAGUGGUAGAAAACAUCUCGAAGCGAUGUGGUGGGUUCCUGAGGAAGCUCAGCUUGCGAGGCUGCAUUGGUGUUGGCGAUUCCUCCCUGAAGACCUUUGCACAGAACUGCCGAAACAUUGAACAUUUAAAUCUCAAUGGGUGUACUAAAAUCACUGACAGCACGUGUUAUAGCCUUAGCAGAUUCUGUUCUAAGCUGAAACACCUGGAUCUGACCUCCUGCGUGUCCAUUACAAACAGCUCCUUAAAGGGCAUCAGUGAGGGCUGCCGAAACCUGGAAUAUCUGAACCUGUCUUGGUGCGAUCAGAUCACAAAGGAUGGCAUCGAGACACUGGUGCGAGGAUGUCGAGGCCUAAAAGCCCUGCUCCUGAGGGGCUGCACCCAGUUAGAUGAUGAAGCUCUAAAACACAUUCAGAACUACUGCCACGAGCUUGUGAGCCUCAACUUGCAGUCCUGCUCGCGUGUCACGGACGAAGGUGUGGUGCAGAUAUGCAGGGGCUGCCACAGACUGCAGGCCCUCUGCCUCUCGGGCUGCAGCAGCCUCACUGAUGCAUCUCUCACAGCCCUGGGGCUGAACUGCCCCCGACUGCAAAUUUUGGAGGCUGCACGAUGCUCCCAUUUGACUGAUGCAGGCUUUACACUUUUAGCUCGGAAUUGCCAUGACCUGGAGAAGAUGGACCUUGAAGAAUGUAUCCUGAUAACCGACAACACGCUCAUCCAGCUCUCCAUUCACUGUCCCAAGCUGCAAGCCCUGAGCCUGUCACACUGUGAACUCAUCACGGACGAUGGGAUCCUGCACCUGAGCAACAGUACCUGUGGCCAUGAGAGGCUGCGGGUGCUGGAGCUGGACAACUGCCUCCUCAUCACGGAUGCGGCCCUGGAGCACCUUGAGAACUGCCGUGGCCUGGAACGUCUCGAGCUGUACGACUGUCAGCAGGUCACUCGGGCAGGCAUCAAACGGAUGCGGGCUCAGCUCCCUCACGUCAAAGUCCAUGCCUACUUUGCUCCUGUCACACCACCACCAGCAGUGGCAGGAGGUGGACAGCGAUUGUGUAGGUGCUGUGUGAUCCUCUGACAGCAGCAGCUGCCUGGGCCCAAGGUGUGAUGAGGUAUUUUCCUCCACAGAAGACCAGAGUCAUCUUGAGUCCUCCAUUGUUACCCAAAUCUGUUGACUCUCCACUGGGAAGCAUUUACAGGUAAAGACAUCAUAUGGAUAGCAGUAACUCUGGUGAUAGCUUUCACCUUUACUUUGCUGUUGAUGCACUUAAAUCCAAGCCUUGUGUCUAGGGCAGCCAAGACCACACAGAACACCUAGAUCCCUUCAGUGGGUUCCUCUUAAGUCCACAAGUUUUACCGUUGGUAUGAUUAGCAUCUCUCACACAGACUGUCAGUGUUAGCACAAACCAAGCAGAAAAACCACCUGUUGAUUUUCUACCUGAUCCUUAAGCCAGUGGCCUACUUUAAUUCACAAUCAUUCCAUUUUUAUUAGCUGGACUAUUCCACUUCAUCAAAGUGACUGUACUUCAAGUUCAUAAUGCCUGUUAGUUUUACAUGUAGAAAUGUAUAUUGAAGGCAUGUUAACACAUUUCCGUAAAGACACCAAAGAAAUGACUCUAAACUGGGUGAAGCAGGAUCUUCACUUUUUUGUGUCACCUUGUUCUACACACCUCCAGGGACCAAAACUAAACAAAAGCAAUUCAGUUUCUGUUUUGCCUGGUUGGAAAUCAUGAGCUCUGGCAUACGCUACAGCAUAUAGUGUACUUUUGUUAAAGACAAAAGCCAGUUAUGUCCAUGCUUCUCACAAAAUUUGGGGGAUAUCUUAAACACAGAAUUGACUGAGGUUUAAGUUAUUUACAAUAUAAUGAAUUAAAAAUAAUGAAUGGAUGCAUGUAGAAUGGAUGUGAUUUUUUUCUAUUUAUUUGCAACUUUUAGAAAUCAGGUCACACCAGGACUCAGAAACUUUAUACACUUAAAAUUCACAUCAGUGAAGUAUUGGUGUCUUUUGGAUUCACUCACUCACCAGUAGAACCAAAGGGUUCUAUUGCUGUGAUCUUUCUUGCUGACAAGUCUGAGCAAAACUAUUUCCAAUUCAGACCACCUAAUAUUACCUGAAAUUUGAUGAGAUGACCUAUGUUCGGCUGCGGCUGAUUAUUCUGAAGAUUAGAAACCCAUCACCUGACCUUCACUGUGAACUUAGUGGACCCUUCUCAGCAACCAGUCCCCAAACUAAAGGGCUGAAAACUCAUAAAUGAAAAAGGAAAAAUGACAUGUUUCCUCUGAGUUGAUGGACAAUUUUAGAAGCAUCUUCACAGACGCACUGCCUUAGCUAAAAUUUAGGUACAGAAAGCAGACUCAUGCAUACCUGCUAUGGUGUCUUAGCAAGACCAUCAGAGUAAGCAUUCAAAGAACUGAUGACUUCUAUUGCUUUUUUUAUAUACCCCAAU